AUGAGUCACCUCAACCCGGGACUAAUUUCAGCCUAUAACAGUCUCACAGACAAACACCUCGCUGGAUACUUCAGCAGCACUCGGAUCAGGAGACACCUGCAGAGAGCAGGACUGAUCACCAGGAGUGGGCGUAUCGUUCCAGACAAGGAGUACAGAAACAAGCUGAUCCAGAGAGCCCACCAGAGGCACGUUCGAGAAUGCCUGGCCCAGGCCAUUUUCCACAAGGUGCUGGACAUGGAGCGUGUGCAUCAAACAGAGAUCAAAAGGAGACUGGAGGAGUUUGCAAGGAGGGAAAGAGUGCAGAAGAUCAAGUUGGAGCGGUCUAAAAGGUAUGAAGAAGACCUCAUCCGCAUCCUGUCUCCACGCCCACCCACGGGUGCCAGGGGCAUCCGAAAGCAGCACUCUGGGCCAGAGGGGGAGCACUCUGAAUCCUCCGAGUCUCCUGGCUCGUCUCGACCCAACACGGCUCCGGGGAAGAUGCAGAGGCCGGUGCGUCUGAAGCCGAUCCACAGUAACAGCACGACGGCUUCGCUCAGACGCAGCUCCCCUUACAGACUCCUGGAGUCCUCCAAUGAGAACGACCAGCUGUUCAACGGCACUAUGGACAAGGAGUGCCGCAGACGUUGGACCACAAAGGAGGCCUCCCAUGGCAUCUCACCCUACUGCCUCCCAGUCAUCAACAACUUUGUCACCCCAGUGCCUCCAGCCGCGAAGAGGAAAGAGAGGGGGGUAAAGGUCACCCUCAGCGGCACGCUCAGAGGCCGCAGACUGCGUCCUACCACCGCCUCCAGUGGAGCUGACGUCAAUGAGGACUCCCCCAUGUUGAGGAGCUCUGUGCACCAGAGCAGAGUGUGUGUGAACAUGAUGUACUUUGGCAAAACGGUGCAUCUCUCCCACGACCUGACCGACAUGAGGGAUGAGGUCAAAGUGUUUCAGCAGCACUGUGGAGGAGAGAACCUGUGUGUUUACAAGGGCCUGCUCCGUGAGGGAGAGACUUUCCAGUUCAUUUCAAGGCGACACAGAGGUUUCCCCUUCAGCUUGACCUUCUUCCUGAAUGGGCUGCAGGUGGAGCGGCUGAGCUCCUGCUGCGAAUUCAAACACAGGAGGGGCUCCAGACUCGGCGGCAGGCACGGACACUUUGGCUUCUCGAGCGUAGAGGGGGCUUCUCCCUGCUACAAGUGCAUCAUAGCAGUGGGAUUGGACAAAAAGCCCACUCCUCCACCAAAGAGGGUCAAAGAGGAUGGAAGAAGAGAGGAGUCAGGCAUUAGCCCAAAGGAUGCUCCUGAGAUGAGGGCUGAGACGACUGGAGAGGAGGCUGCAUCCCAUUCAGAAUAUGAAACCAUGGAGACUCAAGUCAAAGAAGAAACACGAGCUGAGGAGGACAAAGUUAGAGAUGAUUAUGAGGAAGACUUUGAAGCAGACGAUGAAGGCCCUGCAGAAGAUGAGGAAAAGAAAUCCCCGUCGCCAUCCCGUGAAAGGCAAAGGCAGGUUAAAGAGAGAGACACCUCUGAGACUGAGGACGAUGAGAAGGAUGACAUAAAGUCUCGCUCAGGCUCCAGCUCCUCAGGCAGCGACCGAGAGGAGAGUGAUGCUGAAGACUCCAGAGAGGACGAGAAAGCAGAGCAAGCUAAAGAGGUCGAUGAGGAGGAAACUGUCGUUCCACCUGAUGAAAAGGACGAACCAUUUCCAGAAGAAGCUGCAGCCACUGAGGCCGAGUCUGCUGUGGCUAAAGACUCUGACAUACAGAACAAUGACGGGGACAGCAAAGAGAUAGACAUCUCUGACACCAGCGUCCCCACGGGGAAGGAGAAUAAACCGAGUGAUGACACCUCAGGAGACAGAGAGGCUGAGAAAACGGUAGAUGAGAGCAAACAGGAGGAGGAGGAGGAGCAGGACAGGGCCAUAUCUGUGCAGGAGACGCAGGCCGAGGAGUCCCAGCUGAGCAACACCAGCACAGAGGAGGAGAAAAAAGAGAAAAGCCAUGAACAGGACAACAAAGAUGCAGUUCCAGAGAAAUCAGUGACAUUUACAGAACUGCAGCACACCCUCGUACAGGAGGAGGAGGAGGAGACAAAAUGUGAGGAAGAUGCUGUUGGUGAAGCUGAAGUGGUGGUACAGAAUCAGGACGAGACGUCUGAUCCAAAAGAACAAGAGGAUGUGACUGAACAAGAGCCCAACCAGAGCAGAGAUAGUACAAAAGAUGAGGAAGAUGAAAAGGCUGCACCUGAAGAAAACACAGCAGAGAACGAUAAAUUAGAUGACACAGCAGAUGCGGGUCUGCAUCCUGUAUCUGAAGGGGAAGUGGCUGAGGGUGACAAGACUUCAGAGCCUCAAGAAGAUGCUGCAGCUAAACCCACUGAUGCUGCAGAGAAAGACGAGGAGAAAACUGCAGUGGAGGCUGACACGCACCCCGACGAGACAGGGCAAGGGGCAAAAAGCAGGGAGGAGGAUGAGUCAUUGGCAUCAGAGCCGAAUAAAAAGACUGAUGAGACAGCAGUGGCAGAUAAUGCAGAGGCGGAGGCGAUGGCAGCGAGCGAGACAAUGGAGAUGAAAGCAGAGCCCUCAGAGGAGCGAGAGGCCCUCAGCUGUGAAGAGGGACCUGUAACCAACACAGAGAGGAGGCAGCUGGGAGACAGUGAAGGCAGAGUCGCAGAAUCAGAAAGAGAAAUCACAGCAGAGAAUUCAAGCAGCUCGCUGGAGGGGAGCGGAGACACCACCGUCGAGAAAACAGCAGAAACAAGUGAGGGCAAUGUAAAAGAUGAGAGCAAUAAAGAUGAUAUUAAAAAAGAGGAAGCGUCAGCAGUAGAGGCCAGGAAGGAUGAAAAUCAACAGGAAAGGUUUGAUCUGGGAGAAGAGCAGACAGAAAAAUCUGUGGAAAGAGAUGAUAACAUAGAGGAGAAAUCUGAAGAGGAAGGUAAGGAAGAAGAAAAGCAAAUAAAACCAGAUGAGAUAGCAGAAGGCGACAAUAAUGAGGAAAGAGAAGCAGAUGACAGAGAAAAGACAGAAGAAGAGAAUAAUGAGAAUAAGACAGAGGAAAGAGUCGAAAGCACGGAAAACAUUUCAAAGUUGACUAAAACUGACUCAAGCACUGAAGGAAAGGCAGAUGAACAAGCUGAGAAAACCCACAGCGAAGAAGACACAGUCGCAAGUGAAGAGAAGACAGAUGAGUCAGAAAAGACAGAGAAAGAUGAGGACAGCGAACGUGUCAAGAAUGAAAAUGACGUGGAAGAAUGUGAAGAAAAGGGAGCUGACAAGACUAACGAGGGUGAAAAGAUCAAUGAGACGAGCACAGCUGCUGAUGACGAACAGGAUGAUGAGGCAGAAAAAAGUCAGAAUGAGAACAAAGCUGAGCGAAGUGAAGCUGCGAUGAGCGAAGACGGUAAAGAACGAGAGGAGAAAAAAGUUGUAGAGAGAGAGGAAAUAUCUGAGCCUGCAGAAGAACCUGAGAGAAGUGCAGAUGCAGACUUGGGAAAAGAUAAUGUGAAAAUAUCUGAUGAAAAUGCUGUUGAGUCAGAGGAUGUGAGUGGCAGUGAAGCAGCAAAUGUAGCACAGGAGACGUUAUCGACUGAGGAGAUGCUAAACAACAAGGUGGAGGCUGAAGAUGCCAAGAACGAAGCUGAAAGAGGAAGCAAGAACAGUGAAAAUAGAGGAAUUGAUGCUGAAAAUGGAGAAAUUUCCACCGCAGCAGAGAACAAAACUCGCGAGGAUGAGGUAGAGGCUCAAUCUGAGGGCAAAAAUGAUGAGAAAACAGCAGAACGUAGAGAGGACGAGAUAAAAACUGAGGGACCUACAGAAGACAAGAGCGCCGAGGUACAAGAAGUAAAGGUGGAGUCUGAAGACGGUGCUGAAAAACAUGAGGAAAAAGGCAAGGUUGACCAGACUCCUGAGGGUGAUGUAGGAAGUGGGGCUACAGAAGCGGAGGAGAAGCAAGACGAAUCUCCUAAAAAAAACUCUGAGCCAGAGACAUGUGACAUGGAAAUACAAGAGGAAUCAGAUGACAGGAAGGACAGUGAGGAAACAAAACAAGAUGAAAAAGACAAAAUAUCUGAUGCCGAGCAUGAAAACAGAGAUUCAGAUCUGACCGAAAAGAACGAUAACGUCCAGAGUGAUGUCAAUGAAGUGAUAGCUGCUUCUUCAGGUGAUCAGGAGCAAUCCUCAGCACCCGUCGCCGUGGAUUUAGACGAUACAGCUCACAAGUUAGACCAGCCGACUGCACCGUCUUACGUAAACACGGACAAGCGCCCACGCGAUGAUGAAAACGCUGCUGCCGUCGACCUCGCUGCUGCCGACGGAGAGCAGGGAGACACGGAGGAGAUGAGCAAGGCCUCGGAGGAAGGAGCAAGCGUGCUGCUCAAACCUCAAGGACAGUCAUCACAAAACAACGAGGCUGAAAACACAGGAGAGAGCGCCGCAGUCGGUAAAGAAACCCCAGAGGCCUUAGCGAGAGAAGACAGCACAGAUCUGGUCUCAAACUGGGUGAGCAAGCAUCAAACAUCCAAGUUUUUUGAGACGUUUGUCGAGCCUUUGGAAGACUUGAAGGAGUCGGACGUUCACGUGUCCAACUCCAGCGAAGAGGCGUCAGGAUCUACAGAGCUGCCGAGGUCAGCGAGUCCACUUAAGAUGGGGGAGAUGUUUGAAAAUGUAGAACAAGAGCAAACGACAAAAGCUGUAAAUGAGUCAAGGGAGAAAAACAAAGAGGAAGCCGUGGAGUCGGAGCCGGGGAGCUCUGAAGGCGGUGAACCAUGUGAGGAGAGCCCCGUCGAAGACACACUGCAAGAGGAGAUGGCGGUCAAAGACUUAGUACCAGAAGCAGAGAGUGAACAAAACGAUAAAGAGUCUGUGAAAGAGCGAUUAGAGGAACAUAAAGGAAGCAGGGGAUCUCUGGAAGAAGACGGUGUUGAGGAGGGUUUAAUGCAGGAUAACACUGAGAUAACUGUUAUGGCUAAAACUGAAGUGGAAAGCAUUGCAGGUACUCAUCAUUCAGGAGCCAGUGGGAGACCAGAGAGCUUCUCUGAGAACCAAACUGAGGAGAAAACUACUGGAAACGGUCCAGACGCGAAUGAAAAACAAACAAUAGCUGAAGAGAUGAUGGAUCUUCUACGUUCAUCUGAAAAAGAAGAGCGUUCAAUGAGUCCAGAAGGGCUCUCCGAACUGACGGCGAACGAACUGAAAGAUACAGAAAAGUCGUGCGGGAAGAGUCGCGAACUUACAGAAAUAACUGCUUUUACAGCGUCCAAGUCGGACGAUGGAAGCCAGGAGGAGCCCCACCGUAAAGACACAGAGCCCAAACCGUCGGACGAGAGCGUCAACGGAGACAGAAGAGACGUGCAGCUGAUCCGAGGCCUCCAGCACACGCUCAGUAAGGACCGGCUGAGCACUUUCCUAGUGGAUGAAACGCUGUUUGGGCGAAGUUCAUAUCCUUUGCUGGCUGCUGCGAGAACAGAGAGCGGACAUUAG